AUGGCCGCGGUGAAGCUAGGGGCGGCCGGCCAGGGCGCCCGGGCCCCCCCGGAGCCUCCCGAGCUCUUUUGCUACGGCCAGCCGGAUCUGGUGCUGUGCGGGCUGGAGUGGCGGAAGAGCGCCGCGCGGGGUCCCGGCAGUCCUGCCUUGUCACGCUUCGACCGAGCGCUGCGAGCGGGCUGGGAGGACCGGCUGCGCAGGGGGCUGUUCCGCUACCGCCUGGGUGAGCUGCAGACCCGGAUCCUGCCGGGGAGGAUGGGGCUCGUGGCCCAGCUGAACGUCCGACGAGGGACCGAGAGGAGGCGGCCCCAGGAGGUCCGCAGCGUCCAGCAGAAGUUUGACCCCCGGCAGUUCAACUUCUGCAAGAUCCGGAGGGAGGAGAUCCUCUUCCGCAUGUCCGGGCGCCCCCCUCCCCUGGCCAGCCCAUCCGGGGCUCUGGUGGUGAUCAACGUCAGCCCCCUGGAGUUUGGGCACAUCCUGCUCAUCCCGGACCCUGCUCGCUCUCUGCCCCAGAUCCUCACCCCGGAGGCCCUGCGCUUUGGCCUGGAUGCCCUCCUCCUCAGUGCCCACCCUGGCUUCCGCGUGGGCUUCAACAGUCUGGGAGCUUUUGCAUCUGUCAACCAUCUGCACCUGCAUGGCUUCUACCUGAACUGGGAGCUCAUGGUAGAGUCCGCCCCCUGCCGGCCCCUCCUGCCCGAAGCGGGCCUCCAUCUCCUGCAAGAGGUCCCGGCUCCAGGCUUCCUCUUCUACAGCGACGACGGGCAGCAGUUAGGGCUGCUGACCCGCCGGAUCACCCGGGUCACCCAGUAUCUCUCUCAGAGGGAGAUUGCACACAACCUGUUUGCCACGCGGGGUGCUGCCCCCGAGGCUCCCAUGGACUCAGGAGCUCGGCCUGGGAUCCGGAUCAUUCUCUGGGCACGGAAAGCCUGCUUCGGUACCAAGGAAGAAUCCGCCUUCAAUGUGGCAGUUUGUGAACUGGCAGGACAUCUGCCUACUAAAACUGUCCAGGAAUACGAUGGUCUCACUGAGGCAUCAGCCAUUCAAAGAAUUCAGCAGUGUCUCCUCUCGGAUACUCAGUUAGCCCAGCUCCAGCAUGAGCUCGUGGACCUCCUCCGAGAGCAGCCUCCAUCACCUCAACGGCCGUCCUCAGAGGACUGGGAGGAGCCCCCCAGGGAGCAGACCCCAGGUCUCCAGCCCCUGCAAGGCUCCACUGUUCCUGCUAUGGAUCUGAGCUCCAGGGUGGGGUCUUCAAGAGGAAGCUGCUGACGGACGCCAGACUGAUCAGGGCAGCUCCCUGGAAGGUG